AUGCGAACUCUAUACUUACUAGAUACCGAAGCUAGAAUCUGGGAAUGGAGACAAGCUAUCAAGUUCAUUUCUUCAAAAUCAGGCUUGAGCAAUGAAAAUAGCUCUGAUCCUGUGUUCUUCACUGAUGUCGUGACCAAGGUCAAGGAACUGUUUGAAUUUAAGGACAGACCGAAAAAGCCUUCCUAUAAUUUUACUAAUCAAAUGAUACCACUUCAGAAGCAAACAUGUUUUGAGAUGGGUUUAGUUAGAGACAUGACGCUUUACUUGGUACUUGGAUGUCACGCCACAAACGAGAGAAUCUGCCUCGUGAUAAUGAUGAUAUCUUCUUCCCUCAGCUCGCCGGAUCUAGGUCAGAGUUUAAAGCGGACGUUAAGCGGAUCUCUAGGGCUGAUGCUUUUUCCAAAAGACGGUGGUUUUGUGUUGUACAACCCUAAAGAAGGCAGUAUCCAAAGGAACCAGGGAGACUUUUCAGGAUGUCGAUUCCUCGCAAACUCGGGUAACUGGCUCUUGGUGUUAGAUUCUGUAUCCAAUUUAUUUAUCAUAGAUGUGUUUAGCGAGAAAAAGAUCCUUCUCCCGUCUCUAGAGUCGAUUGAGUCAACUGAUUCUACUGUCAAGCGCGUGGGAGAUAGAGUAUUUGAAAGGCAUGAGUCUGACUCUUUUGCCGGUGAUCUGAGUUCUGAUGUGGUGAGGGGUCUUUUGUGGGUUUCCGAGAGUGGAAAAGAGUACGUUGUGGUGUGGUUGUUCGACCUCCCUGGCCACUCUUAUAUAAGCUUUUGCAAGAAUGGUGAUACUCAUUACACUGACAUUCCUCUAUUUUACGACCGGACUUGCACCGAUCUGUCUGGACAGCAAGGUUUCUUCACGGACAUUACCGGUCGUACACCAUUCCCAAUGCUUUCUCGUGAUGAUCAAUACGAUUCUAGCAUUGCGGUUACAAGAUCAGGAGAGGUUUUGUUGGUUGAGAGUGAUCCAUAUAAUAGGACCUGGUUCCGCCUCUACAAGAAGGAUCCUGAUUUAGAAAACCCGGAAACCCGCUGCCACACGGUUGUUGAGGUAGAUUCUCUUGGUGGUGAGGCCCUGCUUCUUGACUUGGGUUUCACUGUGCCUGCUAACAAGGCCCUUGGUAUCGAACCAGACUGCAUCUAUUUCACCCGUCACUUUCGUCCCUGCCAUUGCACACCUCGCGACCUUGACAUAUGUGUGUUCAAUCUUGCAACCAAGACCCUCGUUCGCUUUCCUGAUCUUGACAUGAUGAAUAUCAUGGAUGCUCGAUGGUUUCUCCCUCGGAAUUAA